AUGUCAAACUCACGACGAUCCAACGUUUCAAACCUACCAAACCCGGAUAACGCACAAUAUGCGAUAUCCGUUCGAGACUCAAACGGUAUCCAAAUUGAAAUCCGAGCACACCUACGUACUCGUGAGGACCAGGAGAUUACAUCGGGACACAAUGCCCUUUUUCUACAGUUCCCACGCGCCACCACACGCGCAGGCAGCGCGUGGGUGUCCAAAGCGAUAACGCUUCACUAG